UACUGGUGCCGUGAUUGCGUGCUGAAAAAAACGUGUUUUAUUUUUUCAAUAUUGUGUUUUUGGUGUUGUUGGAGUUAUCUGGGAUUAAGGAAAUGUGGCUUAGUCAUUGUGAAGACAAGAAAAUUGUGGUUUUGUGGGGACUGGGGGCGCGGCAGAGAUAAUGAUAAUCGGCAAUGUUGUGGAGGUUUUAAAAUUUGAGUUUGGCGCGCUCCAGCGGUGUUGUGAUUCAUGCGUAGGAGAAAGCGUAUGCGUGCAGAUAACUGGUGUAAAUAUGGCGUCACAGGAGGACGAUAACAAACUUGAGAGUAAAUCAAAUGUAAACAAAGAUCAAGAAAGAAACUUUAUAAAUGUGUAUAAGGUGAACAAUUAAAUUUUUGUGCUUUCCGCACAUUAGUUUAUUUAAUUUUCGCAUGAUUAUCGUGAAGGACAGUGUGUAGUUCAAUUUUCGCAUGGCCGCCAUGUUCCAUUAAGAAAUUUUCUGAAAAUUGAAGAGUUUGGCCAGUUCUGAAAUGUUGAGACAAAAUUGUUGAGUGCAAUAUGAUUAUGUUUGGUGUAGACUGUGUUUUUGUUGGAGUGCCUCGAAUCAAAUGCCACCUAGUUCCCGACAGUUCUGUUGCUAGAGCUGGAGAUUUGUUUGUUUAAUUGCUUGUUCCUGUGUUUCCAUCAAGAUGAGUUCUAAAAGCCAGGGAGUUAACGACUUCACACCGUUUAAAAAAUUUGAGUAUAUUUUGAAAAGCAAAAUUGAACCGUUCCCUAAGAAAAUCGAAUCACUUAUAGAAAUAUGGAAAAGUCUAGGUCAGUGCAAUCAAGAAAAUUCGGACAUUGGAUACAUCGUCCAAAUAAUGGACUGGGCGAAAUUACACACACUAAACAUUGUCUUGACGGGAAAAUGGAAAAUGUUCAAAGGUGACUUUGAGGCAAAGCUCCUGAGCGAGGUGGAGAAGACGCAGAACGAGUUGAUGAAAAUAAGUGAUGUGUUUUCGAAGAAAUUCCAAAAAUUAGCCGAUGUAAUCAAGAAUCCCUGGGAUGACCCGGUUUUAGCCAAUUUAUUGCAUGACAGCAACGCGGCGAUUGGCCAAGAUGAAAUUGAGUUUUUCUGUGUCGAAACCGCUUAUUUAGUUUCCGUGCGUUUGAAAAAAUUAUGCGAGUCCCAGUGCGAGGAUCUGGCCCUGAAUUUAGUUACGGCGUUUAUGAAUUGUUACAACUUGUCCCAAACGCAAAAUUUCAGUCUAAAUGCCACAAAAACACACAUUCUUUUUUGUUUUGAUAUCCACGUCGCGUUGCUCUACAGGUAUAACAGGAGGUCGGAAAUAGUUGCAUUGUUUAAGAAACUUAGCUUGGAGGAAGGUUUACAUUUGAUUCGGAGAUUUGCAAAGAAACGGGUCAAAAUCUCGAAAGUCUGGCGUAAUUACCCGGAAAUAACAUUUCUGGCGUCUCAAGUGUUUGUUACUGCUGCUGUUACCAAGCCGAUUGAGGAAAGUGGUGAAGUUUUGAAGCAACUUCUCGAUUCGUGGAUUGCCUUCAGCAUAGAACACUCAAUGGUUGAGAAGGUCGAAGUCUCGGUUCGGCGCAUUAUCCAAGCGGCGACAGCCGCCCAACACAUUUACAUCUGUUGCGAAAUAAUACACGAUAAGUUUGGUUUGAAGUUGCGCACGUUCACAAUCGAGCUGUACAUUAGAGCCCUGACGACGGAUAUGAACAACCUGGAAUCUCAAAAAACCGAAAACGAAACGGAGAAGGUUGAAGAAACGACGAAACGUCUCGCGAACGGCUUUUCGAAUUUGGCCGAUAUUUUGAAGGAUAACGUUCAAGUUAGUAGAGAGUGUGCCCUCACGGCUUUCAGUCUGGAGCCGACUCUCGACCGUUUGCGAAAAAUCGAAGAACUGGCAAAAUUAUCCGGUUUUAACGUGCUAGACACGGGCCAAAUUUGGGAGUGUAAGUUGCACCCUCCGGUCACGACAGCGGACGAAAUCUCCUGGAUUUGCAACGCUUGUGGCAAGUGGAUGUGUAAACCAAAUCUCGAUUUACGCUUAACAACAAAUUUUGCUCUCAACGAGGCCUUGAACUUUGAACAAUUGGGCAUUUCGUCCCAGCUUUGUGAUGAUCUAGCUGUGGUUUUGAACGGUCCGAGGUACCACUUGUUAAGUUGGUUGUUGCGGUGGGAAGACCUCCACCGACUGUGUGAAAUGUAUUUAAACGAUAUGGAACGUACUAAAAAUCUCGUAACGGAACUGAAAUUUGUCGAUAUUGAUUAUUCGAUGUUUGAGGGUGUUAAGCGCGAGCCCGUUGACGAAUUGGCGGGCAUUGAGAGGGGCUACGAGCGGUUUCUUUAUGCCGAUGAAAAAUUCGUUGAUAUGAUCGAGAAUUGCAACCCAGAACCACCACCGGAAGUACCCCAAGCGAAAUCUGAUCCUAACACCUUAAAAUCACUGAGAAUGUUCAGACAUAACAUUAAAAGGAAUAAACCUCAGGUUUCACAAAAUAUUUUAGAAAGCAAUAAUUUAGCAAAUAGUUCGCAAAAUUUACAUAGAGAACAUAAUUGGUUUUCCGACCCGCGCUUUGACCAAAACUUGUCAUUCAAUCCACCGAAUCCAUUCCAACCAAACGGAAGCCCUUCACACAAUACGACUUCAAGAAGCUAUUCUGAAGUGUUCUUCAACCACUUGACGUCAAACACACAAUUUAAAAGGAGUGCAGAUGGCGCUGUCGACUUUUCAAAAAGUACAGGAGGCAAUAAACAAUCUAGAGAUGUUCUGGACUUCCGAAGUAACAUCAAAAGAAAACCAUCCGACAACGACUUCGAUGAUUAUCAGAAAUUCGUGAAUAACUACAACUCACCCAGUGAUAAUUUUUUACAUAACGUAAUUUCGUAUGAAUUCGCACGAAUGGCGGCUACUGAGCCAAAAAGACAUCAACCGACGGACUUUCACCACCAGAAACCAAACCUUGUAACGACUCCAAACGUGCCGUUUCAAACUGAUACACUCAAUUUAACCAACAAACGAACACAAGCAAAAAACGAGAGAAGUGAUAAAAUUCUACCUCAACCAAGCGGCUUAAGACACGAUGUAACGCCACAAAAUUCAAAUCAAUACGAGAGAAGCCCGUCCCAAACUAAAAAUUUUUUACUCUCAAGUAUGAGCUACAAAUACAAGGAGGAUGUAGCUUUAUCACCCAGCAAAGGUUUUCCUAGUUUUGAUAAAAUCCCAGCGCCCACAACUACCGACAAGGCGGACAAGUCUCUACAUAUUGAAGUUUUGGGCAAUAAUCUCGAACCACCUAAAAGUACCUCAGAUGAAUCGAAUAACAAAAGAACAAACACAGAGGAAAUUAAAGUCGUGCCGGAGAAAAAGCCGAAAUCUGAUGAGUUAACGUCGUCUCCAAAAAACGGAUCAACGCCAAUACUCGAGAAAGAAUUGAGUAAACACAAGAUAAUCAUAGAACUGCUGUCAAAAAACGGCUGGUUGCCAAAAAACGGGAACAGCCUCCCUAGCAACAAUGCGGAAACUUUAGAAAAUGACAAAAAUAAUGUCGAACCAGCUCGACCAAAAAACGCGGCACAGCCAGAAACUAACGAACGUAAAAUGUUGCUCAAGCUGUCCGAACAACAUCCGAUGAUCAUAACAAAAGGUGAUGAGAACUCGUCAAAUGAAACCAAAAGUGAUAUUAACGAAGAGACUGUUGUAAAAAUCGAUGACUGUCAAGAGGAAAGUUCCAAAGACUGCCAAUCAGAAACAGAAACCAAAAAUGACUAUCCCUAUAAGUAUAAGGAAAAACCCAAGUGGACUAACCACAAAGAAUUAAAAAUAAUCCUCCACCGGCUAUCAGACGAAAUGAUCAAGAGUUUCAUCCCGAGUUAUUCGGAAAAUUGCAACAACUGCAACUACACUAACAAGAAGAGGCACGUCGGGAGGCCGCGCAAAGUCAUGUGUUGCAAAUACCGAAUAAAAAAUUCCAACUUCGACAGACUAACAACCUACGAUAAGUAUUCACCAAGGACGGUUAGGCGGCACAAUAGUGACAGACUGAAGAGGAUCCGUUCGAGAAACAUGCAACGUGAGAGAAGAACAGGCCACAAAAACCUCAAAAAGUACAGCAACCACCGGCACGACAGGGCGAAGAAACCCAAAAAGCACGCCGAUAAGGACAAGAAGAAGCACAACAUCGCCAGGAACAACAUGAACCCGCGGGUGGUCCUCGAGCGACUACCCCUCGACACGAAUUACGUUCGCAGUGUUUUGUCGAAUGUUCCCGGGUUAAAUGACUACGAAAUGAUUAGGCCAACUAACGUGAAUCAUAUUGUGAAUGUGGUGCAAAUUUCCGGCGGACGAUCGACUUCAACCGGCCCUGUACAAAACACGCAAACAAGUACCCAAAUCACCCCACACAUCCAAAGAAUCGGACAACCGCGCUCCGACAAACCCGAACACAAUUCGAAUUCGGAACCAACGACGACAGCCACUCCAGCCUCAACUUCCGCUAAUAAACCAACCACUUCGCAACCCUCAACUCUUAUCAACAUCCUAUCGCAACAAAUUAUUCGGCCGGGCCAAAGUAACUGCAUCCGAAAUCGUUCCUCGCCUCUCAUUAACAUUCUUUCGCAACAAAUUAUAAGACCCGCCACUACACAAAGUAAUAAACUGACGACGCAAUCGGAAGGACAGGCAAACACCCCGAAAACUGAGUCGAAUUUGGAAGAAACCAAAACUGUGACCACGACUACGAAAACAACAACAAACACGACAUCAAGUGGUCAAGGCACCAUUUUACAGUUCAUCUGUAAGUCGAGUUUGCCCAAGUUCCAGCAAGCCUUCGGUAAAUCAGUUUAUCAGAACAAUACCGAAACGAGCGAAGCGUCGAGUACAAGCACAGAAACCGUAACGAACGCUGAAACGAACAAGAAGACACCAACGACGAAAAAUUCCUCAGUCAACAUUCAACCGAUUCAAGGCGGUGUGAUCUACACGCGCCAAAUGCCCGUCGGUCAAACAAUCAAUUUAAUUCCACCAGGACGGGGUCAAGUUUUCCGAAUCGCGACGUCAAAUUCGGACCAAAUAUCGCUGGUCAAAGACACGGUGAUACACAGCAAAAUGAGUGCGUUACUAGCAGCCGCGCUGCAAGGCAAAGCAAAAGACGGCCAGUCCGACGGUGAGAGUACAAACGAGGAGACUGUUGGUAGAGUGACAGUAACCCGCCCCACGUUAGUACAAAACGCCCGAAUCGUCAAACCCGUACUACAAAUCCCCUCAAACGUAAUACGCACAAGCCCCCAGUCCAAUCUAAGUUCCACAACUCUCGAACAAUUGCGCGAAUUCGACAUGGUCUACAAGCAAAUCAAGGAGCGAAGCAGCACGACCACGCCCUCGGAGCCCAACACGUCGGAACCCAACGAAACCCCCCAGAAAAUCAGCGUAACAUAUCUGAACCAGGGCCAGAAAUACACCCAGUUAUCCCCGGUGGUUGUCGUUAGCAGUUACUGUAAUUUGCAACCAGCGGCCUCGCCCGCCCUCAGUGUUACCUCGCAGGGAAGUUCCAGCCCGUGUGUCACCCCAGCGCCCGCGCCCUCAAUCCCCAAAGUCUCCUCGAAAAGUUCCAAAGGCAAAACGGUGAAAAACACGACGACUCAAGCGUCCAAAGCCUCGCCUAUCCCGAAACCGCAGCAAAAACCGCAAGAGGACGAACACACAACGCAACGAAUCUUCGAUAUCUUGGCCGAGUAUGCGGAACAGUUGAGGAAUUCCCCGGAUUUGAACAACAAGCCGGCGCCGCGACGGCGCUCGAACCCGCCGACGAACCCGAACCAGAAUUCCAAGCGGAAAAAAAACUCCGGAUCGAAAAAAAGCGGGCAGUGCAGUAGUAUGGUCUCGGAGGCGGACAUCGAGGACCACCGGACUGUAGGCAGUGAGGACAGUUCCUGUGGGGUUGUGCAAAUUUCGAUGCAGGAAGAGGAGCAAAGCCACGUGCAAACUGUCACGACUGAGUCGAAUGAUAGCUCGUCGGGGUCGCGACAACAACUGAUUUUGACCGAUGCCGGGAACAACCAGACCCGGAAUUUGAUAAUAGCGGAUUCGAGCGUUGGGGAGGCUUUGAAAAUGCCGAACACUGCCGUUUUGGUCCCCGGAAACUACAUAAUGCCAGUGUCGAUGGUCAAAGGGGGGCAGCAAAUUGCGGUGGUUUCCGGAGGGAGCAAAAUACUGGCUACGGUACCGGCGCGGUCCGGUCCCAAUAUGCUCCUUUUUCAAAGUUUCUUGAACCAAAAUAGGAACAAAACGGCUGUUCCAACAGUCAAGUAUUCGACCAUUCAACCAAUUUCGGGGAUUUCCUCGCAGAGUUUGGCGGGGGUUAGUGGGCAACCGCCAGUGAUUCUACCGCCGAAUUCGCAUAAUCUGACCGCGGUAACACUUGGACAACCGCUAACUUUGAAAAAGAUUGACGAGAGUGAUAGGGUGAACACCGAACUGUUGUUGACGAUUUCGCAACCGAAGGAUAAUGCUAACAGUUCGACGGAAUCGGGAAGUCAUCCCGAUAGUACAAACAGUAUUACUAGUACUGUUGGUAAUAUCGAGUUAGAGGAGACUAUAGUUCAAGAUAAUUCGUCAGAGAAGGUUUUUCAUACGUAUCAGAAAUCGGCAACGGCCCCCAUUGCCACCCCGGUUAUAGCGCAGACUUCGUGCGUGAAGGAAGAUUUGGCGACGAGUGAACAAAAUACGACACAGGAAGCGAUUACGAUGAAUAUGGCGCCGGCGGAAAACAACAAAAGUGAACCAGGCAAAGCGUUAGAAAGGGUUCAGUCGGUAUUAGUGACAGCGUGUACUUCAAACGGCCCUAUGUUGUCGCAUACGCCUCCAAGAUACCGCAAAGCAUCAGAAUCAGCAGGUACAAAUAAUGAACCUUCUAACAAGGAGGAAUUUUUACAUAAUGGGGAGAAGCAAAACAAUAACGAGCAGAAGCAAUUCCAAGGCAACGCGACCUAUUUCCAGAACAAAACCAAAAAAGCAAAUAAUCCGCAACGACUCGACCGCGAGAUGCACCAACUUUGCUUACAGCGAAAACAAGCAGCGCUCGAACGCGAAUUGCGCCUCCAAAAAUCCCUCUCUGAAGAAUGCGAAGACUUGGGGGUGGACGAGCCGAGCACGAGUGAUUUGUUUCCAGAAGCGGAUAUUCUAUUCGACGCGAAUCACUCGCCGUCGUUCGACCAGUCGUCUCAGGAUUUAGUGAAACGGGCUUCUGGCCAGGAAAAAGAAGAGAACAAGUCUGGAAUGACGCUGUUCAGUGAUGACGACAACUCCGGUUCGCUAAGGACCGAUUUUUUAUUUGAUUCAGUCGAGUAUCAGCAAACGGAAACCGAGCUGGAGUACGAGCAGAACCAGCAGCUGACGAACGGUCAGAGCAGUGCCAGUAACGAGUCGGGGUCGUCGUGUGAGGACCACACGCUUUUGCAAAACUGCGCCUCGAUGUCCGACGUGACGCUGAAUUCGCCAGUCUCGCCCGAUCCUUACCACGAGAACACGCCGCCAUCGCUGAACAAGUACAAAUUCAAAUACAGUAAUCGCCGAAAAGGGGAACGCAAUAAGAAUUCGGAGACGUGGACGGUGGAAGUGUCGAGCUCGGAGGACACGACCGGGAGCAUCGAUCUGGGGAAAAGCUCGAGCCACAGUCCGGAAUCUUGCAUCAACAAGCACAGUCACAGUGUUAGUUGCGACGAGGAACUCAGUGACGGGGGCUACAAAGUCGUCCGAGUGGCGAUUUCGAAGAAUGAUUUGAUCAAGGAUGAGGAGAGCUGUGAGGAGUUGCAUUGUGAAGACGAUUUGGACUGUUCGCCGAGUGGUAGGGGUGCUAGACGCAGUGUUAAAAAAAUGUGUUCUUGUUGCAAUGGCUCCCAAGACGGCGGCGCGUCGCGCAAGAGACCAGCAUCGAGACCUCACACGCCGGCUCCGCACAAGAAGGCCUUCCUUAACAAGAAAAGAUAGUGCACACGUGUAUAGCAUGAUAUUUAAGUUAAAAUUGUUAGUUGUUUCUGUUGACUAGUCGAGCUAUCGAGUGGUUGCACUUUAGUACAAAUUAUCCGACAGCCGGUGGUGUAGCGUCGAUGGACAAUGAUUAUUACUUGUAUAGUAAUUGCUACGUUUGCAAUCUUUUAGUACCUCUAACUGUAAAUUUUCCUUGUAUAUGUAAAAUAUUUAAAUUACAUGUGCAGUUUGUCGUUGUAUAUAAUUAAUCUAAUAGGUCUAUCAGUAAAAGAUGAUACAAUUUAUUGCAUUACGCAAAUAAGAAUAAUUGAUUGAUUAGUAUUGCUCUUUUUCAUUAAUUAAAGAUGCAAUAAUUUCACACGUAUUUCGAUUCCUUUAUACAUACUUGGGAGAACAUUGUUAAAUUAUGUCUACAGCGAUUAUUUCAUAGGUAAUGUUAGGUCUUGAUAGACUAAUAUCGUGUAUUUUAUAUUUUUGCUUAUAGCAACUAGACUUAGUAUUCAAUUGAGAGUAUUUUAUUUUGUUUUUGUUAAUACUUAUCUAUACUCAGUUGUGAAACAAAAUUAAUUGAAUUAUAUUAAACCGAUUUGUAUGUUUUUAAUUAUCGUAUUUUUUCCAAUAAAUGUUCUUAUAAAUUUUUUUUCUUUUUCCAGUCUUAUUUUCAAUUAAUUGUAUUAAUGUUGCAGGUGCCAAAUUUUUAGCUUGGUAUUCCAGUUUUAUACCUUUGUAAUAUUUAUAAAAUGGUCACUUGGUAUACUCAUGUAAGUAUUAUUGACAGUCGCCUGUCACAACGCGUGUCAAUAAUAUUUCAAAACAAUAUGUAUAAAACGAUUAUAAAAUCAAACAUUUUUUUAAUAGUAAAGUGCUUUUUAAUUCAGUGUAAAAAAUCCCUAUUUUUUACAUUACGUUCCAUCCAAUCGUGUGGUCUUGCAACUUUCUUUCUCUAAACGAAAAACAAGUAUACAGAGUGGACUGUAACAAAGGCGAUUGGUUUAUACUUUAGCAUUCGGUUAAGAAAUAAUUCAGCUAGAAAAUGUUAAAUAAAACUACAUGAAGAACAACUUCCGAGUAAUAACCAGCUUAUUUUAUCUGCUUUCGUCUAUGCAUUUAAAUAACCACUAUAACGACAUCAAUUUAAUUUAGACCGUUCAGUUGAAAAAAUGUUUAAUUCUUGAAUUACUUUUUAAAUUCACGCAAAAUGGUAUAGGUAGUUGCCUACCGUAGAGUCCGCGAAAUGACAGAUCGUCCACGGUGGUAGGAGUGCGCAGAGACGAAAACUCGUCUCGGACGAGUCCAAUCUUUAAAUUAGGGGUGUUGGCAGAAAACAGUGGCGUGGCGUGUACUUACAUGUGUAGAGAAUUCGUCUUAAAGUUUAACAUUUCAAUAUUACCAGUUAUAGUAAAGAUACCAGUAGAAACAUUUUUUGCAAUAAACGCGUUUUUACUCUUUACUCAUUGUGUAUUUUUAUUUAUUCUACCUCUCUGCUUUGUAUUUCUAGGAAAUCAACGUGUAUUAGCAUUAGAUAUGAUUUUUACUAUUUCAUCUUGCAAUUAUUGAAUAGAGGAAAUUUUAACUACUACAAAUUAUGAAUCUCAAACCCUUCUUGAUCAUAGAAUAGUUUUUUGCUACGCCACUGCUCAAUCUCCUCACUCGAUGAAGUACGCAUUGGCUCCGCCUAUCGUGGUCGUUUACAGAGUUUCCGAGCUCUA